AUGAGCAGCAGCUUUAGUUUGGUCCCACCCGUCCCCAGUCCCUCAGGAGCGAGUCCAGCGGCCGGGCCCCUGGAUGUGCUGAGGGGGAACAUGAGUCGGCUGAACCUCUCGGCACCAACGCCUCCUCCCCUGGACUUAGACCCUCUGGGGGGGCACACUGUGUGGCAGGUGAUCAUGAUCGUGUUCCUGACCGGCUCGCUGUCCCUGGUCACUGUUGUGGGGAAUAUUCUUGUUCUGGUCUCAUUCAAAAUCAAUAAAGCUCUGAAAACUGUGAACAACUACUACCUCCUAAGCCUGGCCUUCGCAGACCUGACCAUUGGCACCCUCUCCAUGAACCUCUACACCACCUACAUCAUCAUGGACCAGUGGGCCCUGGGGCCUCUGGUGUGCGACGUGUGGCUCGCCAUCGACUAUGUGGCGAGCAACGCUUCUGUCAUGAACCUGCUGGUCAUUAGCUUUGACAGGUACUUCUCGGUGACUCGCCCUCUGACGUACAUGGCCAAGCGCACCACAAAGCGGGCGAUGGUGAUGAUCUGUCUGGCCUGGUCGGUGUCUCUGGUUCUGUGGGCCCCUGCCAUCCUGUUCUGGCAGUACAUCGUAGGAGAGCGGACCGUGCAGCCCACAGAGUGCUACAUACAGUUCCUAUCAGAGCCAAUCAUCACCUUCUGCACAGCCAUCGCCGCCUUCUACCUCCCUGUGUCCAUCAUGAGCGUGCUCUUCUGGAGGAUCUACCAGGAAACAGAGAAGAGGGCCAAAGACGUGCAGGGUCUGAAGGCCUCGGGAUCUGCCCCGAGACCCCCACGCACAGAGGGGGGCAUGCUGAGGCAGAUGAGCUCCCAGAGCUGCAGCAGCGUGGAGUUGAACCAGACCAUGGAGAGGUCCACCCAGGGCCGGUCUGUGAGGGCCUUCUGCUGCCCUUUCCCUCCUCUGUCCUCUAGAGCAGUGGGUGCGAUGGAGCGAGGCAGCCCUGACAAUGUCAACAGACCAUCUAUGGACAAAGGAGCCGGACCCCCGUCUGCCCCAGACAAACCCAGGAGCCAAGAGAAGCAGCACUCUCCAGAGGAGAGCAGGGCUCCGUCCAUCAGCAUCAAGGAAGCAGCGGUGGCCAAACGAAUGGCGUCUAAAGCUAAGAGUGAGAUCAACAAAAGAAAGACCGAUAAUAAAAAGGCUAAUGAGAAGAAGGCGGCGCGGACUCUCAGUGCCAUCCUCCUGGCCUUCGUGACCACCUGGCUGCCCUACAACAUCAUGGUCCUGGUGAACACCUUCUGCCAGGGCUGCAUCCCCGACACUCUGUGGGCCCUGGGCUACUGGCUCUGCUACGUCAACAGCACCAUCAACCCCAUGUGCUACGCUCUGUGCAACAAGACCUUCAGAGACACCUUCAGGGACAUCCUGCUGUGCCAGUGGAGCCAGCGCAAGAAGGCACGAGCCGCCUUCCGCAGAUAG